AGAUGGCAAACAUGGAGAUUCUGCAACGUGUUUGCGUAAGGAGGGAGACAAGAGCAGCCUGAUAGGAUGAGUGGAAGCAUGGUGACACCCCCUCUCUCAACGUCUUCUUUCUUUUCCCCUCUCUCUCUCUCUCACACACAGAGCUGGGAGCUUGCAAUGGAUAGCAACCACACCCUGUCACAUUUGGCUGGACUUUUUCCACAGUUGCAGCUUGCUGCUCUGUUCUCUCUCUCUUUCUCUCAGUAACUUUGGCAAUAAUUAUGGCUAAAGCCUUUUGUGUGUCUCCUCUGGGGCUCAUCUCUACUUAUAGGGCACCUCUGCGUUCUAUGAUGUCCCGUUCAGGAGCUGUGCUCCCACUGUACUCGAGCUUAACUCCACCUCUCUUUUAACCUCCUCCUAUUCAAUGCUUGAAUAAUUGAGUCCGGUGUCAGUAGAUCGAGCAGUGGUGAUGGGGAAGGCCAAGCGCCAGCCGGUACUGCUGCUGCUCCUCUGCUCGUAAGCCUCCUCGCUUUGUCUGCCUCUGUUGCCUUCCCGUAUCCCCCUUUCAUCUUGCCGAGUGGAGACUUUUACUGGAUUCUUCAACUGCGGGAAGCCUUUUGCGAGCUUGUUGGAUUGCUUCCCUCAUUUGCUCAGCGUUUGAUGGAGUGGAGCAGCUCCAAGGUGCCGUAUUGGGACAUGGCGGAGCUGGAGCAGGGGGCGGAGCUCAACGUGGGCGCUUUGGCGGGUCCGAGCUUUGUCCUGGGGAGCCAGAGCGGCGGGUUGGUGGAUUGCUCGGUCGAUCUGAGGCUGGGUGGGUUGGGUGAGUUCGGGCCGCCGGAGAGGUGGCUCCCCGUACCCGCAUCGACCGCGGCGGCGGCGGCGGCGGCCGUUCCGUCGAGGAGAGCCCGUGCGGGAAGCAAUGCCGGCGCCUCGUGCUUAGUCGACGGGUGCAAAUCCGACCUCAGCAACUCCCGUGAAUAUCACCGGCGGCACAAGGUCUGCGAGGUCCAUUCCAAGACGCCGAUGGUGAUGGUGGGUGGCCAGGAGCAGCGCUUCUGCCAACAGUGCAGCAGGUUUCACCAACUGUUGGAGUUCGACGAGGUCAAACGUAGCUGUCGAAAACGCCUAGACGGCCACAAUCGACGCCGAAGGAAGCCUCAACCCGAAUCCAUCAAUCCUGGAAGCUUAUUUCCAAACACUCAAGGAGGCAGCUUCUUGAUGUACCCUCCUCCUCCUCCUCAUGGGAUCCCAUCUCCAACACAAGGGCACAGCACCUGGUCUGGGAUCGACAGCCAGCAAUGCUUCUCUGCCUCAUCGAGCACCAAAAACAUAAAACAGUUCUCUUUUAUGCAAGACGACAGCAGCCGUUUCUCGCAGCCCACAUUCCACGCCAUGUUCAAGGCGACGUCGACAGCAGAGAGUGGCAGCGGCAGUAGCAGCAGCAAGGUUCUCGCCGGAGGAGUGCCGCCUGAGCAAAUCCUCGACUCCGACUGUGCUCUCUCUCUUCUGUCAGCAGCUCAGGGAUCGGGAGGCAUCGGCGUCGGCCAACUGCUGCCUGCCGGAAGGAUACCCGUGCACCGGCCUCUGGUUUCCGAUCUCACCUACGCCGCUGCUCGACCUUCGAGCUAUGCUUCGGUGCAACCAGUUGCCUUUUCUUGUUUCGAUGAUCCAGAAGGCAAUGUGUUCGUUUGCGAGGCCGAGACCGGCCUUCAGUGCCAGUGCGUGUUCAAUGCGAUGGGUGGAGCAGGGUCGUCCGGCGAGGCCUCCCAAGCUCUUCCAUUCCCAUGGCAGUAGCUCGAUAGAUGCCUGCACUUUUCAUGAUCAAUUACAGUCCCUCAUUGUUAGUACAUGAAUUCAAUUCAGGAUCUGGAUCUGCAUGCAUGUGCCGAUUGUCCUCAUCCUAAAUGCGUACUGUCGUUUUAAGGUUUCAGGAGGGUUUCAAGCAAUGAAAAGCUACAUUUUCCAUUGUCUACCUACUGUUAAACCUAGCGCUUAGAUCGGAAGCUUUGUGCCAUCGAUCUAGUGAAAUUAAUUGGUGAACUUGAUAUCUAAAUUUUAAGUUGAAUCGGUGGAAUUUGUAAUGAAAAUCUAAAUGUGAAUCGACACUUUCUAAAGGAUAAAACUAAUAUAAUGGUAAUCUUUUAAGUACAUUCCAUGCUAUAUGAAUUUCUUAGUACCAGUCUUAAAAUAAGUGAUUUUUUAUAGUUAGAUAAAGAUGCAUCUACUUAAAGUAUACGGUAAAAAAAUUAUUUUAUUUAAAUUAUAAACUUUUGAAUUGAAAAACAGAAAGACAAGUGCGGGCUUACAAGACUGUCGCUUUUAUGUCUGAACAAAAUCCGAGGCGAGCAGUAGGCUCCAUCAUCGGCGAGGUGCGGUGGGCGAGGUGGACAUGCGAAUCCAGGCAAAAUCCAAGCAGUGGCUGCUGCGAGAAGACAGCAAGAAAUGGCCGA